GAGACGUGGCGGGCAGGGGAAGGAGGAGGGUUCGGCUGUUUCCAUGGCGACGGGUAAACAGGAGGCGGAGCUUCCCGGAGCCGGCAGCGGAGGGCGAGAUGGUGAGCGCGGGGCUGAAUCUGACCCAAAAAGGGUGCCGGGGCACACGGAAGCCCUGAAGCCCCCUAAGGUUAUGUCAGCGUGGCCACUUCGUCGGGAGGCGGAGGGGGGAGAUGCCUGUUGCUCUAGAGAGACCUCGUUGGAGGGGUUUUAAAAUACUUUUAUUAAAACUAGUUUAGUCACACAGCAAAUAAUGCAACAGCAGCGUCCUGGCUGAUUAAGCAAGUUUAACUGGGUUUUUAAAAAAAUAAAAACCCCCAGUUGAAAUGGUUUUUAUGAAUAUAGAAAUAUAUCUCACGUUUAAGCAAACGAAUAUAUUUGUUUAGGUGUCUGCAGAGGGUAUAUCCUUUUACUGUUUUUCCAAGGCCUUUGCUUUUAUUUUCCAUGCUGUUUUUAACUGGUUUGAUUGUGUUGUGUACAUCACCUUGAGACGUAUAGGUGGAAGGCAAUACAUUAAACAUCAUCAUCAAGUGAUAAAUAAAUAAAUUUAAAAAUAUAAGUGACUAGCCAGACGGGCUGUGGCUCUGCCCUCCACAGUUGGAGGCAAUUAUUAUCAUUAUUAUUAGUAGUAGUAGUACUAUACUGCCCUUCAUCCAAAGAUCAGAGAGCAGUUCACAACAUAAAAAAUACAAAAUGAGAAGACAAAAUCAAGUACAUAAUAAAAACAAAACAAAAAAUCCCCCCUCCCACAAGACAUUUAAAAGGGCAUCGGAUGUCCAUCAGCCAGAGGCCUGGUUGAAGAGUGCCUAAAAGUAUGUUAUGAAGGUGCCAGGCGAGCCUCCCUGGGGAGAGCGUUCCACAAAUGGGGAGCCACCACAGAAAAGGCCCGUUCUUGUGUUGCCACCCUCUGGAUCUCUGGUGAAAGAGGCGCAUGAAAAAGGGCCUCAGAUUAUGUCUGUGGGCCUGGGUCGAUUCAUAUGGGGAGAGUCGAUCCUUGAGGCAUUGUGGUCCUGAGCUGUUUAAAGUCAAAACCAGCACUUUGAAUUGGGCUCAGAAACUAACUGGCCGCCAAUGCAGUCAGGCCAGGCUCAGUGUAAUAUGCUUAAACCAUCUUACCCCCGUGAGCAACCCGGCUGCCGAAUUCUGCACCAACUGAAGUUUCCGAACCAUCUACAGAGGCAGCCCUACGUUUUUGGCCAGCUAAAUUCAGUUUAGGAUCUCGCAGCUUGUUUCUUAAGAAUGAUCUUUCUGAAUGGGAAAGGCCUGCAAAUCAUCACACACAAAUCCCUUGCAUCUUUCCUUUCAGCUCCCCAUCAUGUAUAACUCCAAAAUUCUGCCUCUCUUUCCUUCCUGCAGCCGGGCAGUGUAUGCUCCUUGGGUGCUACCUCCACCAGCUCCUCGGGCCGGUCCCGCUCGCGCUCCCACGCCCGCUACAGAACCAAGGCUGCCAGCUCAGAAGUGGAUGAGAGCCUCUUUGGGCUUGCCAAGGUGAGGAUGGAGGGGAGCAGUGGCUGCUUUGGGCUAAGAGCAUCAGCCUGGCAUGCAGAAGGUCCCAGACCUUCAAUCCCUGACACCUCCAUUUAGGGCUGGGAAUACCCCAGCCUGAAACACUGGAAAGCUGCUGCCACUAUACUGAACUAAUGGUCUGACUCAGUAGAAGGCAGAUUCCGAUGUUCCUCUUUAAAUCAGACCUGUGUUUAGAACCAGAAGGACUGAAAUAACACUUUAUUUUUAGAGGAAAACAAUAAAGCACCUGUUUAGCCUGCAGAUGCUCUAGGUUUAAUCUCCAGAAUCUCUGGAGCUGCUUCCAAUCUGUGUAGACCAGAUGUUAUGUUCUGAGUUGAAUAGGAUCCAAAAUGCAGCAGUCUGAUUGGUCCUAGAACAACAGGAUUCAGAAUGCAGCAGUCUGAUUGGUCCUAGGACAAUGCAGCAGUAUGAUUGGUCUGCAGGAGCCACCCAAUCCAGCUCCAGAUAGAAGUGAAUCCACAACCUGAUUGGCCUACAGGAGAAUUCCGGAAUUAGCCAAUCACGUGCAGCCCAUUGUGUAAAUAAUGUAUAUAAAGCAGAUACUUUGAGGGGACUUCCAUUCCUCCUCACCACUAUGAGCUGAAUAAAGAGCAUGAAAUCCACUCUUGACUCUGAGUAUAUUUCACCAGGGAUAGCCAAUGUGUUGCUCCUCAGAGGUUGCUGGACAACAGCUUCCAUCAUCCCUCGCUACUGGCCAUGUUGGCUGGUGCUGGUGGGAAUUGUAGGCCAAGACGUACAGAAGGCACCGUGUUGUUUACUGCUGAUGUAGAUAAUUCUGAGCUAGAUAGACCAAUGGUCUGACUUGUUAAAAGGCAGCUUCUUUUUUCUCUGCAAAAUCUCUCCUUUUUUAAAUCCCGAAUGAUGCUCUUCUUGCUCUGAAAUCUCCCCUAGCAGCUUAAGCAAAACAACCUUGUAUAAAACAGGAGCAAUCAGCCAUAGAAAAGGGAGCAGUGCCAACACAAAAUGGGAACAGUAGCAUACAAAACAUCACAAUGGUUCAUAUCCAGUGUUGGCACUACUCAGAGUAGCAUUGAAAUUAAUGGGCAACACUAGCUUAGUACAAUCAAUUUCAGUAGGUCUACUCUGAGUGGAACGAACAGUGAGUUGUAUUCAACUGAAUCCUACUCAAAGUAGACCCACUGAAAUUAAUGAACCUAAGUUAGAUAUGUCCCUUAACUCCAGCAAGUCUACUCUGAGGAGGACAAACACUUGAAUGUACCUGUAUCCAAUAUUUACUGGAGGAUUUUGAGAAAUAUGAUCUAGCUAUUGGGGUUUUCUGUAUUUUCAUGUGUGGAAUCUGCCUUGUGGUUACCCUGAAGGUGGCUUAUAAAUAUUUUAAAUAAAAUCAAAUAAAGGAAGACUUGAUGGUUGGUUUGCUCAUGAUGGAAGGAACUCAGUGGCUGCUAAAAGGUUCAUCCAUAUCUCGGCUUUUAAGAUGGAUUACGAUUGUCCAAGCACCGCCAGAAGAGGGAAGCCAAAGCGGGAGGGAGAGGGAGGCUGGUAGCAUUCCUGCCAAGCAUCCGUGAACAUUUCUGAUGCCACCUUCCUUCUUGCAGAAUGUUAACCUGUCCCGCACUGGCAGCCCCAUCGUGGUGCUUCGAGAUGUGGACUCGGCCAGGAAGUCCCUGGGCUGGGGCCACAAGCCGGAGACGAUCCGUCUCAUCACUCGGGACCUCAUCCGGGACCUCAUGUAAGCUCUCUAGAACAAGGGCUAGGCACUCCCCUCCACAGUUGAAGGCACUGCCCCUCUGAACGGCGGUUGCCAGGAAUUCACUAAAUAUCACAUGGGGUGCCAUCUCUACUGUCUUUCCAGUACCUGCUGAAGACCUUCCUCUUCCAACAAGCCUUUGAUGUUGAGUUCUUCCCCAGCCUACAUCUGUAUUGGAAUCACUUUUAAAAUGUUAUUUCAAAGACGUUUUAUCACCUGUUCUUUGCUGCCCUGGGAUCGUUUGGGAGGAAGGGUGGGAUAUACGUUGAAUAAACAAAUACACUGGUAUGGUGGAAGGCAGGGAGAUCAGCAGUGGAUGGAGCCAGAGUUAAUAAUAGGCAGAGCCGCUCCCUGAUUGUUUGUAAGUCAGACAGGUUGAGAGCAGACAGGUUGGUGGGGCAGUGUCCUGUUGGCCCUAACGGACCAGCCUUCAGCGGCACAAAGCAGGGCCCGUGAGGGAUGUGUCACAGAGGGUGGCUCUUCUCUGUCCCCCAGGACCUGAGGUUCUUUGUUAGGAAAUGUCUGGGAAGGUUUUCAGGCGUACCUGAAGGAGUGUCUCCACCCCCAUCGUUCAGCCUGGACACUGAGGUCCAGCUCUGAGGGCCUUCUGGCGGUUCCCUCACUGCGAGAAGUGAAGUUACAGGGAACCAGGCAGAGGGUCUUCUCGGUGGUGGCACCCUCCUGUGGAACACCCAUCAGAUGUCAAGGAAAUAAAGAAUUAUAUGACCUUCAGUAGACAUCUGAAGGCACUCCUGUAUCAGGAAGUUUUUAACAUCUGAUGUUCUAUGGUGUCUUUGUAUAUUCAGUUGGAAUCUGCCUGGAGUGGCUGGGGCAGCCCAGUCAGAUGGGUGGGGUACCCAAACUAUUAUUAUUAUUAUUAUUAUUAUUAUUAUUAACCAAAGGGUGCUUGGGGUGAGGCUAAGAGCUCCUCCCCCUUUUCCUUUUUUAAAAUGAAAGAUGAAAUUAUUCUCCCGGUAUCAGAUUUGGCAGUUCUGUGGAAUCCUGGCCUAGUCCAGCUUGCGAUCACCCUUCCAAAUGGAGAGAUGAAAUCACCAUCUUCUUCUUCCUUUCUCUCUCUCACAUGCCCAGUGUGCCCAAACUCGACCCUUCUGGAGAGUCCCUGAUCAUAAGCCCCGAGGACUUCCAGCGCAUCAAAGACUCGUCCCGUGUCUUCACCAAGGAGGAGCGUGAAGCUCAGAAAGCAGCCCUCAAAGCAGAGCGAGAAGCCACCAUCGUACGUAAAGCUGUCCUUGUCAUGGCAGAGAAUGUUGUUGUUUUUUAAUUGCAUUUAUCUCCUGCCUUUCUUCUAGGGAGCUCAGGGCAGUACACGUUAAGCUCCCCGUUUUAUUCUCACGACACUGCUUAGAGGUUUCGUCGCAAUCAAGUGGUAUAUAAAUUUUGUUAAGUAAAUUGAAAGUCCUGUGAAGCAGGUUGCUGUGUGUGUUAGAGAGCGACUGAUCCAAGUGCACUCAGUAAAGCUUCCCGGCUGAGUUAAGAUUUGAACUUGAAUCUCCUCAGUGCUCUGAACCAUUUUACCACACUGCUUCUGCCCCCAGAGCAAACACAUCUGCCCCUUAACAAAGUCUGUCAGAUCAUCAUCCGACAGACUUCUGUAACAAAUCAGCAGCGACAUUCUAUGCUCCCUCAAGGUUCUGAACAGUCUCUGGGGGUCAGUCCCACAAAGGUUUGCUGCAGUAGUCUAAUUAGGAAGUCACUGGUGCACGGGGGUCACUGGCCAGGUCUCUUGGUUGUCUCCACUCUUGGUCCUACGCAGAGUAGGCCCACUGAAAUUCAUCAGCAGGAGUACCUUGGGUCCAUCAAUAUCAAUGGAUCCACUCUUAAGUGGAAUGUAGGUAGAUACUGCAGAUGUAACUGAGAUAUCAGCCAAAGUAGAUUUGACUUAUUUGUUAAUUAAAAACUUUCACCGCUUUUUACAAAAGGGACUCAGAGCACCUUACAAAGGUUUAAAAUACAAAAAUGUCAUGCAUAUAAACAGAGGAGGCCUACAUCAUAGGAAAAGCCUUUUCCCAGCCGGAAAUCUCAGGUGGGCACCAUUGCCAUUAUAAGAGAACAAGGGAGGCGUUCAUGGUGAGUUCUGGCACCUCUUCUUCUCAGAAAAACAGCAUCGCUAAAAGUCUUCAUCCACUGAAAACAUAGCAAAGAAAUACACUUAUCCUUCCCCUACGAUACUAAAGGAUGGAUACCAGGAUAGGAUAAUAAAUAAAUCACUAUUUAAAAACCAAAAGCCCGGAAGAGCAAAAAAAAAAGUCUUGGCCUGGUAUUGAAGAGCUAAAAUGUUGCUGAUUCCUCUUUUUAUUUGUGGCAUAAAACAAAGACAUGAGAAAUGACUAUGUUUGCGAUUACUUUGUAAGCCACCCUGGAAAGAUUUUAUUGUCAGGCAGUAUAUAAAUCUUUAAGCCAUGCGGGUGGAACCUCCAGGCUGUGGUCCAGUCUUGGCCUGCCAGGGGGUCCAGUUUGGCCUGCAAGGCUUUUUCUCUCAAACCAUGCCCAUCUGUCGAUCACCUGACAUCACUGGUGAUGUCAGAUGAUAGACAGGUGGGCCUGGGGGUUCAGUACUACCGGGUGCUGUCUUGCUAACACAUUCCCUGUGGAACCAUGAUGAUACCAGAUGACUGGUGGGUGGGAGGAGAUAUAGUCAUGGCCCACCCAGGACCCCACCCCUGUGUUAACCUAAGUAAGUACCGUAUUUUUUGCUCUAUAAGACUCACUUUUUCCCUCCUAAAAAGUAAGGGGAAAUGUGUGUGCGUCUUAUGGAGCGAAUGCAGGCUGUGCAGCUAUCCCAGAAGCCAGAACAGCAAGAGGGAUUGCUGCUUUCACUGCGCAGCAAUCCCUCUUGCUGUUCUGGCUUCUGAGAUUCAGAAUAUUUUUUUUCUUGUUUUCCUCCUCCAAAAACUAGAUGCGUCUUGUGGUCUGGUGCGUCUUAUAGAGCGAAAAAUGCGGUAAAUAAAGAGAGAACCAUUUACAGCCCCAGAGUGGCCUGCCCAACCCUGGGUGGCAAGAUGCACCCCAUCUGCUUCUCCCUCUCAUCUUCCCUUUCCAUAGGUUGCCGUGAAUGAGCGGAAGAAAUCCAUGAAGCUAAAGGAGAUCUUGCGGAAGAAGAAUGAAAAGCUGAACGACCUGGAAGAGGAGGCCAAGGAGCGGGCCCAGUACCUGCUGCAGCGAGCCGCCAACAUGCGCAUGGAGCAGGAAGAUGAGAUCAAAUCUCUUGGCGAGGUGAGGGAGCGAGAAGUGGCGGUUCCCCUUAGGGCAGCCUCGUAUUUAUUUUAUUUUAUUUUUAAAUUUUUAUUUAUACUUUUCAGGUUUAUACAUUCCAUUAAUUUACAAUCAUUUUAACAUUUCAAAGCUUGACUUCCUUCCCCCUCUUUCUGCGGUUCCUUAAAUUUAUUUUCCAGUAUCUUCUGCAUAUCCAAAUUCAUUCAGUUUGCUCAUUAUCUACUUUAAAAAUAUACUCUUAUCAAACUGCAGGUUGUUACAAUAAUCCUGCCAAUGUUUUUAUCCAUUUGCAAUUUAUCUGUAAAUAUUCAAUGAACCAUUUCCAUUCUUUUAUAAAAAGUUUGUUAUCUUGAUUUCUUAUGCUUCCGGUAAGUUUUGCCAUUUCUGCAUAUUCCACAAGUUUUUGUAUCCAUUCUUCCUCUGCUGGGACUUCUGCUUCUUCUUUCCAUUUUGGGGGCAAGUAGCAUUCUUGCUGCUGCUGUAGUAGCUUACAUAAAUAAAUUUCUAUACAAUUUAGGUAGCUUUGUCCCUAUAAUUCCCAAAAGAAAAGCAGCCUCCUAUUUCACAUCUCUCCCUGUUGUCACAGGGGACAGGAAUUCCAUGUAGGCGAGUGAAGCAGAGGCAUAUGGGGUCCCUCUGCCCCUCCUUCCUGGAGGAAAGGGCUGCCAGUGUCUACCAGCCAUGAGGACUAUGUUCUACUUCCCACAGGAAGUGAUGGCCACCGACUUGGAUGGCUUCAACUUACCGUAUUUUUCACUCUAUAGGACGCACCUGACCAUAGGACGCACCUAGUUUUAGAGGGGGAGAACAAGAAAGAAAAAAUUCUCUCCCUCUCUGCACAGCGCCCCUUCAGCGAAGCGGCAGGAGAAACAGAGCCCCUUCCAUUUAUCCUCCCGCUUCGCUGAAGGGGCGCUGCGCAGAGAGGGAAAGCUGUGCAGCACCUCUCCAGCGAAGCGAAGCCAGGAGAGCAAGAGGGAUCGGUGCGCACGAAUCCCUCUUGCUCUCCAGGCUUCAGCAAAAGCAACGUGAAGCCUCCAGAGCACAGCGGGAACUCCCGCUGCGCUCCGGAGGCUUCAGGCUGCUAUCCCUGAAGCCUGGAGAGCGAGAGGGGUCGGCGGCUAUCCCUGAAGCCAGGAGAGUCUUGCUCUCCUGGCUUCAGCGAGAGCAACACGAAGCCUCCAGAGCGCAGGGGGAGCGCUCCCACUGCGCUGCGGAGGCUUCGCAUUGCUUUCGCUGAAGCCACAGAGCCUGCAUUCGCUCCAUAACACACACACACAUUUCCCCUUAGUUUUUGGAGGGGGGAAAGUGCAUCUUAUAGAGCGAAAAAUAUGGUAGAUGGAGGACAGGGCAAAUUCAUGGAGGCUGUCGAUAGCUACUAGCCAGAACAGCUAUAUUCUGCCUCUCCUGUCUGCAGCUGCAUAUUGGUUGCUGAUAAUUGCGGUUGGAGAAAAUACUGUUGCGCUCAGGUUCUCUUCCAAGAGUGGAUUUAUUUAACCGCUGGCUUCUGCACCUUCCAAGGUGGAACUGCUGGGAUCUGGGCAAAAAGAGGUGCUGGAGCUCAGCUCCAGAUGAAGCCCCGCAUGUGCAUUUCGGCCCACGGCAGCAGCUCCCUUCCGCUCUUUGCAGAUCAUCCUGGAGGCCAAAUGCCACGCCAUCCGCGAUGCCCAGAUCCUGGAGAAGAGGCAGAUUGAGAAGGAGAUGAACGAGGAGGAGAUGCGGCUGGCCAAGAUGAUGGAGGCGGAGAGGCAGAAGGUCGGCAUGAUGCAGGAUGAGCUGGAACGGAAGAGGAAGGAGGAGAAGUACAGGUGAGAGCCCAGACUUCUGUGCGGCUUCUGGCCAAGGGGUUUCAUUGUAGCUCAGUGGUGGAGCAUCAUUGCAGCGUUGCCUUCCCUGCACCGCAGGUACAAUAUGCAUGUGCGCAGCAGCAUGAGUUAAAAGGAGCACACCCCUGGAGAAUCAGAGCCUCCCUCUCAAACCGUGUAAGAGGCCACUGAGCUGUGAGUCAGGAAGUCCCUGGUUUGGGUCUCAACUCUGCUGUGAAGUUGCUACAUGGCCUUAGGCACAAGCGACGCUGACACAAAACCCCACACGUACAUUAAGUAAAAUAGAAACAUCACCACCCGACCCCCACCCCAACUCACAAUUCCCCCCUCCAACUCUUUCCCCCUUUUUCCUUCCUAAUGUAACACUAAUGUCUUAACAAAUGAAACUGAUCUGUAGAAAAUGUAACUUGAAAAAAGAGACAUUCCACAUACUUUUGUAAACCAAGAAAUCUGUAAUAAAAAUAAUAAGUAAGUAAGUUACUUAUUAAGUAAGUACCCGGGAUGCAGGUGGCACUGUGGGUUAAACCACAGAGCCUAGGACUUGCCAAUCAGAAGGUCGGCGGUUCAAAUCCCCGCGACGGGGUGAGGUCCUGUUGUUCAGUCCCUGCUCCUGCCAACCUAGCAGUUCGAAAGCAUGUUAAAGUGCAAGUAGAUAAAUAGGUACCGCUCCGGUGGGAAGGUAAACGGCGUUUCCGUGCGCUGCUCUGGUUCGCCAGAAGCGGCUUAGUCAUGCUGGCCACAUGACCCGGAAGCUGUACGCCGGCUCCCUCGGCCAGUAAAGCAAGAUGAGCACCGCAACCCCAAUGUCGGCCACGACUGGACCUAAUGGUCAGGGGCCCCUUUACCUUAAGUAAGUAAAUGAAAAAAGGAGGCCUGCUUCUCUAAAGACACUGGUCUGAAAGUUCUCUGCAGUGUCACCAUAUAUGGAAGAAGGUUCCUUUAAGCCUGCAAUCAAACAAUUAGAAUCAGAGUCAAUUGAGAUGUGGGACAAUCUCACUGGCCUGAAAUGCCACCUAAGAAGAAAUUUAGUGAGGUCUCUCUUAUCCUCGCAGAGACAGAUUUCAAAGGUUUCUUUGAAACAGUUCCAUUGCAGGUUGAUAAUGUCAGAUCCAAGGUCAGAGGGUCUUACCACUCAAAAUAUUGCCACCCUCAGCUUCUAUCCGUGACCUACACAAUAAGGAAACGAAAUAAGGAAACAAUUGAAAGAACAUUAACAAAGGUUCCUUCAAUUGUGGCCAAUUUCUUGCAUGCCUGGGAAAUCGUAUCUGGCUUCAACGAGAAAUACGUCAACAGAUUGACGUGAUACCACAGCUACCUCAGAUUGGGAGCCUUGGCUGCAAUUGGUUCCCUGCACAGAGGAAUAGCAUUCAUUAGGCCUCUCUGUGCCGUCAGAACCCAUUUGCUACAAAGGAAAAUUCCUCCUUCACCUGAUUCUCAGGGGGAAGCGUCACCUCCUUGAGCAGAUACAGAAGAACGAAGAGAUGCGUUCCAUGAAGUCCGAGCAGCGAGACCAAGAGGCACAGGAGAUGCUGGAGUACCUGGAGAGGCUGCAGUUUGAAGACGAGAGGGUAAGGGGGCAGGACCAUAGCUGAGGGGCAGAGCACCUGCACCGAAUGCAGAAGGCCCGCAGUUCGGUCCCCAGCAGCACCUCCAGUUUACCAAAAGGAUCAGUCAGCACAGAAGAGUGAGAUUAUUUCUGUCUGAGAUCCUGGGAAGCUGCUGCGAGUCUGAGCAAACAACAUUGAGCUAGCUGGACAAAGCGCUUGGGACGGGGCAGCAGUCCUUCUGGUAAGAACUGAGGAGUUACACAUUUGGAGGAGGCCAUAGGUCAGUGGUAGAGCACCUGCUUUGCAUGCAGAAGGUCCCAGCUCUCCAGGUAGGGAUGGGAAUGCCCUCUGCCCCAAACCCUGGAGAACAGAAGUGCCAGCUUCUCCAUACGACUGAGGGGGCACAACAUGCACAAUGUUUCCCAGUAGGUUUCCUAGCACAAUUCAAAGGCCCUAAACAGCCUCAGCCCAGUAUACCUGAAGGAGCACCUCCACCCCCAUCGUUCUGCCCGGACACUGAGGUCCAGCGGCAAGGGCUUUCUGGCGGUUUCAUCACUGCGAGAUGUGAGGUUACAGGGAACCAAUGGCCUUCUCGGCAGUGGUGCCAGCCCUGUAGAAGGCCCUCCCAUCAGAUGUCAAGGAAAUAAAAAGUGACUUUUAGAAGACAUCUGAAGGUAGCCCUGUUCAGGGAAGUUUUUAAUGGUUGAUGUUUUAUCGUGUUUUUAUUAUUCUGUUGGGAGCCACCCAGAGUGGCUGGGGAAACCCAGCCAGAUGGGUGCGGUAUAAAUAAAUUAUUAUUAUUAUUAUUAUUAUCCUGACAUUGUGUGCUGGGCCCUCUGAAUAUUGAGGGCCUAUAUUGCCUCAGCCCCCAGGAGCAGGUGCCUUUGCAGAAGAGCAACAGUGUAGACCAGUCUUUCUCUACCUUGGGUCCCCAGAUAUUCUUGAACUACAACUCCCAUCAUCCCUGGCCAUCUUGGCUAGGAAUGAUGGGAAUUGUAGUCCAACGGCAUCUCAGAACCCAAGGCUGAGAAAGGCAGACCUCAGAAGCAUGGGGAAACCACCAAAAGUGCCUCAGUCAGAAGAUCUCUGUGACUGAGGAGACCAGAAGGAACCGGCGGUAUUUCAGGCCCACGUUUUGUCCAACAUUAGUCUUGCUCCAAGUAGACCCCUCAGAAAUCACGGACGUGGCCUGACGUAGCUGGACCCAACCCACGGUUAACAAGGAUGCUUAGGGACUCUUCCGGCUCUCCUCCAGGAAAUGGAGCGCAGGAGGAAGGAGCAGCUGCGUUUGCAGGCCGAGAUCAGGCGUGUCAACGACGAGAACGAGAAGCGCAAACAGGAAAUGUUGGAGCAGGAGAAGAUGGCCGACCGGCGGGUGCUGGAGUACCAGAGGAAGAAGAUGGUAUGUGGUGGUGGCAGGGCAUGUGGGCAGGGAGAGGGCACCGCUGGGAAAGAAAAAGCGCCUGGGCAAAUUUCAGGUACAGUGGAAAACCUUCCCAGAGCCAACUCCCUCCUCCCUCGGCCUCCUCUUGGCUAGGGAUGGGCUAGUCAGGCAGGGUCAGUUUCGCGUGUGUUCAUAAGUCUGCUUGCACCAACCUGUGACUUUGUUUAAACAUAUAUUUUUAAAACUUUGUGAAAAUUUACAUAUAUUUUUUUUUUGUACCCCGCCAGGAACGGGAGGCCGAGUUUGAGGCUGAGCAGGAGAAAAUCCGCCGGGAAAAGGAGAUGGAGACGGCCCGGCUAAGGGCGCUGCAGGAGAAAGCCCAGGAUCACCAAGCAGAGCAGGUGUGGCUCAGGGGUGCAUUCUUAAAGCACGAAACGGGGCCAGGAGUGCAGGUCAUAGAAUUGUAGCGUUAGAAGGGACCCCCAAGGGUCAUCCAAUCUAACCCUCUGCGAUGCAGAAAUCUCAGCUUAAGCAUCCGUGACAGAUGGCCACCCAACCUCUGCUUAAAAACCUCCAAGGAAGGAGAGUCCACAACCUACCGAGGGAGUCUUUCCCACUGUUAAACAGCUCUUCCUGUCAGAAAGGUUUUCCGUAUGUUUAGUCGGAAUCUCCUUUGUUGUAACUUGAAGCCACUAGUUCGAGUCCUACCUUCCAGAGUAGGAGAAAACAAACUUGCUCCCUCUCCCAUGUGACAGCACUUUAGAGAUUUAAAGACGGCUAUCGUAUCUCCUCUCAGUCUCCUCCUUUCCAGGCUAAACUUCCCUAGCUCUUUCGACCAGUGAAUGGAUAAAGUGGACAGCCCACAGUUAGACAAUGCUGUUCAUUUAUUCACCUGUUUAUUCUGAAGUAUCGAUACCAGUGGCAGCAUGGUGGUUAGAGCAGAGGAGGGAAUUCCGUUUGGCUGUUUGACAGUGGACUGCCUUGGAAGGGGGCAAACUCUCCUUCGCUGGAGCUUUUCAAACAGAGGUUGGAUGGCCAGUUGUCAGGGAUUCUUUAGCUGUGAUUCCUGCAUUGCAGGGGGUUGGAACGGAUGACCCUUGAUUCUAACGAUAACAAUAAUAAAUAGUAAUGUAUUACCAGGGAAGCACAGUGUUCCUCUCCCUGUCUCUCUUCUGAAAUAUGGUAAGUCUCUCCCAGGCAUCGCCACACACAGCACCUCACGGCCCAACCAACUCCCCCUGCUUCCCUUCCAUCCCCUCCAGGACGCCCUGAGGGCCAAGCGUAACCAGGAGGCCACCGAGCGGGAGUGGCGCCGGAAGGAGAAGGACGCGGCGCACAAGAAGGCCCAGACGGAAGCCAUGCUGAAACAGAGCCGCUUGGAGCAGGUGGCCCACAAGGAGCACACCUUGGCUGUCCAGGUGCAGCGGGACCGGGCCGAGUUCGAGAGGAUCGUCAGGUAGGGAAGCGGGCUGCUUGGCAAUGCGUGGAAGGGCCGUGGCGCAGGGGUAGAGGCCCUGCUGUGAUAGGAUGCAUACAAAACAGACGCCUUUUGGAAUAAUAAUUUUCCAAACCCAUGAAUACAAUUCAAAGCUUUACUAACCAGAACUUCUUCAAAACAGGUGCAAGACAAUCAAUGAUACACCCAGAAAGUUGUAUAAAGCAUAUGCAUAUCCAAGCAUGGGUUUAUUCUUCUUCAAAAUAGAACAUAAUUGCAAUCAGAACAAAAACCAAAGCUCUGUUUCCCUCAUAGCCUGCAUUAGCCUGUAUCCAGCUUAAGGCUAUUUGGUCCUGGAGAGGCAUCAUUAUCACAUCCUUUGUUCUCUGUGGCUUCCAGAGAAUAACUAACAGGCAACAAACACCCAUCAAGAUGGAGAUUUUCAACUAAAUACGUUACUCACAUGAUCUAAGGUUAAACACUCGCGUGAAAGAGCAGAGAACGCCAGCAGCUAAUAAUCAACCUGUUAGAGCUCAGAGAGCUUCAGUAUGCUUCAAUGGAAUUUUUCAAUAUUAAACUCUUAGCAAUAUACAUACAGGUAUUUCUCUUUUUCAGUGUGCAAUUAAACAAUUAUACUUUACAGGGUCUUUCUUGCUAUAAGGCAGCUUCCUAUAUUCCUGUUUGCAAGAUUAUCUUGUAUAGUCAUUGUGGACUCCCACAAGGCAGUGCUUGCACCACAAGCUUCCCCAUCCCUGCUCUGGCCUUCUGCAGAUGGUUGCACUGCAACACAGCUGGGAUCAGGAUAGCAGCUCCCUCUUCCCGCAAGGUGCCUGAAUCCUGCUGCCAGAAUUCCCAGUUUUAAGACAGAGCUGGGGAAUAGGAUCCAACCAACAGGCAGGAUCCUGACUUCCCUGCUCUCCUGAGGGCCAUUUUGACAGGUGGAUGGAGCCUCCCACCUGCCAGUCACCUGACAUCACAAUGGUGUCAGGUGAGCCAAAAUUUACUGGUGGGCAUGGAGGGGUACAAAUAAUAAAACUAUCACUAUUAUUAUGGCUCACACAGAGCCUACAAAGAAACAUCCUUUGCGCUGCCUCCUUCAAUUCAGGCUUAAGAUGGCAGGUAUUGGACGGUAGCAAUAUCUGAUUUUAAGAUAAAAUCACACCCACCCAACACACAUUCUCGAAAUUUGCCCACCUCUGGAAAUCAAUGCAAUCUUUUUCUCUUUUUUUGAUGGGGGUGUUUGCCACAUACUAACUAAUGCUUCCAGACUUAGUCACACACACUCACUAACUCAUGUUGCCUCCCCUGCCCCAGAAUCCAACAGGAACAGAUUGAGAAGGAGCGGAAAGAGCACGAGAAGCGUGUGGCUCUUCAGCAGACCCACGCGGACGAGAUCCGGCGCCAGGUGCGCGAGCACCAGCAGAAGCAGGUCCAGGAGCGCAUCGCCAUCUUCGAGGAGGGCAAGCGGCUCAAGGAAGAAGCCCGCCGGCGCAGCGAGCGCCUCAACGAGAUCAAGCGCAAGAAGCUCGACGAGCUCCGGUGAGGCGGCACGACGACCCCCGACUCCCCCGUGACCCAUUGUCCACGUUUGCCAGGGAUCCCAAUCUCUGAAUCCGUGGCACUUUGCAAAGUCUGGUUCCCUCAGCUCGCGCUCUCCCCCUCCCCACCCCUGCUAUGAUUGCAUCAUGCACAAGGUGCAAUUUCAACCUUACGUGGUUGCAGGCAGGCUGCUUGAAAUUGCUCAAGUUAAAUCCUAAGCAAAGUGAAGGGCUUAAAAGCUCUUUUUGCACCUGGUCUGCUUGGGGUUACCCAAAUAGCUUUUAAACCAUGGGUAGGCAAACUAAGACCCAGGGGCCGGAUGCGGCCCAAUCGCCUUCUCAAUCCGGCCCGCGGACGGUCCGGGAAUCAGCACGUUUUUACAUGAGUAGAAUGUGUUCUUUUAUUUAAAAUGCAUCUCUGGGUUAUUUGUGGGGCAUAGGAAUUUGUCCAUUUAUUUAUUUUUUCAAAAUAUAGUCCGGCCUCCCACAAGGUCUGAGGGACAGUGGACCGGCCCCCUGCUGAAAAAGUUUGCUGACCCCUGUUAAACUAUGUGCUUUGCUUGGUGGUCCACUGGGCUCUGGGAGUACAGGGACAUCUCUCCCCCCCCCCCACCUGUCAAGCGCAUGAGCGGACCCAAGGGUUUGGGUAUACACGAUUUUCAUGUAUACAUGGAACACUUGGAACGGAACCUCCACGUAAGAUUCAAAUGUGCUAUACAGGCAGCGACCGAUUUACACUCAUCUGGUUGGCGUUCUUGCACAGCACUGACGCGAGGAUGGACUGCGUGCCCUCUAGUGACCAGCGUUUCCUUCUUCUCUUUCUUCUUUGCAGUGCUGCCGGCCUCCCUGAGAAGUACUGUGCCCAGGUGGAGCGCAAGGCCUAUGUCCAGUCAGUGCACUGAGUGGGGGAAGAGCCUCCAUCACCCACAACACCUUGUAGACUGUCUACGUGUAGCCUAGAUUUUCUAUUUUCUUACUUUCCAAGAGUAUUUUAUGAAUAGACCUAUUUCUGGAUACAUCUGUGUGGAUUUGUGUUUUGCUUUGUUUUAUUUCCUCUCUUCCCUUUCAGGGCAUGACCCAGAAGUUCACGGAGCCAUUGGCCCCUUAAUUAGGAAGGGUCGAAUCUGUCAUUGUCAGUUUCUAAUCCCCCCACCCCAACCAUGUAAGCGUAUUUCUCCACAUUUCCACCUCCGUUUGUGAUUUAUUUAUUUUGUAGGGUGUUAUCCAACUGAACCUAAGUUAGUCAUGUUUAUUAACUGCAAUGGUUCUACUCUUAGUAGGACUAACGUUGGAUACAGCCCAGGAAGUCCUCGUGAAAAUUCAUUGGCAUUUUAAUGCACUUUUCUCUUUUUGCAUGCAAUUUUGCCAAAUACAGUGGUACCUCGGGUUAAGUACUUAAUUCGUUCUGGAGGUCCGUUCUUAACCUGAAACUGUUCUUAACCUGAAGCACCACUUUAGCUAAUGGGGCCUCCUGCUGCCGCCGGGCCGCCGGAGCACAAUUUCUGUUCUCAUCCUGAAGCAAAGUUCUUAACCCAAGGUACUAUUUCUAGGCUAGCGGAGUCUGUAACCUGAAGCGUAUGUAACCCGAGGUACCACUGUAAACACAUUUUUUUGCAAAGUGAUUUCCCCAUAUAUAAUGCAUUUCUGCAUAUUAUUUUUGCUAAUAUAUGCACACUUUACCCUGGCAUGUACAUUUAUCUAACAUUAUUCGGCUGGAGACCUGUGAGAAGUGUGAAUUCUGAAAGUAUUUCAAUUUCUGUAUUGUAAAUUUGGUUGGCUUUCCUUUAAAUGCAAACUGCAUCUGAUUUCUUCCGCAUUGCCAUUCUUUAUCCAGAGCUUGAAUAAGAAACCCAUAAAAGUUUGUCACCCCUGCCCCAAAAUUCUAGCCGCCUCCUCUGCAGCCUGCAUAGAAACACUGGCUAAGAGCAUUUUAGCAGGUUGUUUAAAAAUAGGUUCUACUAAGUAGGGAGCCUUUGUGGGAUGCCUUCCCUUCCUCUGUGCCAGGCACAGAAGCCAAGUGUGUUGGCUGAAGCAGAGAAUGGCUGGAGAGAUCCACCCUCCUCACUCACCUGUGUGAAGCCCCCUCUUUCCUUUGGCUUCCAAGCAACCUUGGGGGGGGGGAUUUUCUCACCUGAGAACCACAUUCCCACGUCUCUGACGGGUUGGUCCGGAAGAAAAAAUGGACGGAGCAUCAUCUGUGACUAGCUGACAGUUGCAUUUUUACACAAAAGUAAACCUACAGGCACCCCUCACUUACAAGUUUUCUGCUCGCAUGUGACUUUGUAUAUGUGUUGUGCUGGGUAAUGAAUUUGAUUCAUACCCAGAAAUGGCAGGAGAGAGCUUAAGAGUUCUUGUGGCUCACAAGGAGACGCUCCCCUGAGUCCAAAAAUGACAUCAGGCCAGAGGAAGCCCCGAAAAGACCAGAGGGCUUUGUUUAAGCUGCUCCGCCUCCCUGCCGAACAGCUGGUUUGCGGGGUAGCGCAUCCUCCUGCCUCCUGCCAGCCCCAGAGCAUCAAUUCUAGUUGUGGAUAUUUUUGGAUACAGUAUUUUUGGUAUGGAUCAAAGAGGGCAUUUAGAGGGUGCUUCCCACUUUUCACAAUUUCAAUUAAGUGUGCAGGGCUCCGGAUCGUAACCCCAGCAUAAGUAAGGAGCGCCUGUAAUGCAUCUCUCUAUCCUGUCGAGAGGGAGAGCAAAAGGUAGCUUUUAAAACCUCUAACCUACUUCUCACUGCCGUCAUAACAAUGGGUAUUUUACUAGCUGGGGAUAAAUGCCAGGAAAAAUAUUUGCAAAUAUUUGACAAAUAAGGCAGCUGGUUUUAAGGACUUGAGAUGAUGGAUGGGGUUGUGUUGCUGCUGACUUUUUCCUUCUUCUUGUUGUUGCUUUAAUUGUUUUUAUAUGUGGUAACAUGCGCUGAGCCCUUCUAGUGAAGGGCGGGUCAGAAACACAAUAAAUAAUAAUUAGAC